AUGUCGCGGCCGCAGGUGGGCAUAGAACGACUGCCCACCCGCCGCAUGAGCAAUGAGCCUCGCGAGUCUAUGAACUGCAAAUCGUGUCGGAAGCGGAAGAUUAAAUGCAAUAGAUUACGGCCGUCGUGCGAGGCCUGUCAAGUUUUCCAAUGCGCUUGCAUUUAUGAUGCCGUGCCGAAGAAACGAGGACCCAAAACCGACGUGCUGGAGGCCUUGCUGAAGAGGGUUGACGGAUUGGAGCAAAAGCUGAAGGAGAAGAAAUCUGAUGCAUCACCGACAACUGAGGAGGCUCCUCCGCUGUCUGCAACUACGGAAAGCGAGUCGCCAAAUGGCAUAGCACCGGAACAAGAGGAAGGAGCCCAAGCAACGGCCGAAUCAAAGGCCAAACGUCCGCUCUUGGAGGGCCCGCGCGUCAACGACGUGGCCGAAGAGACUGCCGUUUAUUCUCCGACCGUUGCCAGCGAGCCGUCUCCUGGUGUUCAAGUGGAAGCUCUGCUUGACACCUACUUCAGCCGGUUUCACGCCAAACCAUACCAUAUUCUCGACGAGUCCACUGUCCGCCAAAGGCUGCAAUUGAGUCAACUACCUCCUUAUCUGGUGCAUGCCAUCUACGCCGUUGCCGCCAGGUAUACUCCUCAUCCAAGUGGUUACCAAUCCGCCGUGCAACUGAGUGAGGAAUAUGCCUCGCAAUCAAGGAGGGAGAUAGAUACGGAUGAGCCGUCCGUUGACGCCCUUCAAGCCUUGCUCUUGCUCGUCACUGCUUUCACCGCAGCGGGCAAGGGCAAGAAGGCCUACAUGCUGCUCACAAACGCGGUCGGAAUGGCGAUGGCGCUGGAACUACAUCGUGAGGUAGAGCAAAACGCCCGCAUCACACCAGUGGAACGCGAGAUGAGACGCCGUCUUUUCUGGACUUGUUACUUACUUGACAGGUUCAUGGCGUGCGGAUCCAAACGUCCAUCUCUUGUUGGCGACAAGACAAUCCUGCUACGUUUGCCAUAUUGGUCCCCCAGCCCAGCAGCUUUGCCUAUCGAGGGCGAGUUCUUCCAAAGCGAUUCGAACCUCCAGAAUUUUCAAGGCAGCGGUAGAAAGUGUCAGGGAAGCAGCGGUAUGCUCAUCGACAUCAGCCGCAUAUUGGGCAUAACGAAUCGAUAUCUGGCAGCUGGUGGCGUCAAGGGCGACUCCCACUUUCCCUGGCACUCCCUAUCCAACCUCUCAAAAAUUCGUCAGCAUCUCGAUGUCUGGGCUUCAGGUACUGAUGACGUCUUCUCGAGUGUCGACGCACUGUUCGGACAACCCGACUCAACAGUACUGGUCAUUAGCAAGCUAAUCUAUCACCUCAUCCAUUGUCUGGUGUAUAGACCAUUCAUACCAAUCGACCUAGCGGAACUGGCUGGCACAGGCCAGCAUCAAUCUUGGCAGAUCGAAGCAACCAACAUGUGCUUCUUACACGCCAAUGCUAUUGCUGAACUGGUGGAACUCGGAAAACAGACGGCGACUGUUGAAUGGCCAGCCUUUGUUGGAUAUUGCAUCUGCACAGCGGGGACGGUACACAUCCACGGUGCCCACUACAAUAAGAUCGGCGCAAACGAGAUGACAGCAUUUGCAUCUUCGGCAGACUUCUUGUCACGGGAGAUGCAACAGUUGAGCGAGCUUCGCUACGCCUGGGCUAGUGUCCAACACCAACGCGAGACUCUACAGGGCAUCUAUAACGCCCAUGCGGAAUUGGUCAAGAGCGUGGCAAACAACCCUAUGCGGCACUCGCCAGUCUUUCACCUAGAAGAUUUCUUCGACAGAUACUCCAACAUUGGCGGCCCAGGUGGGCAAUGCUUCACUUUCGACCCUGCGAAUUUGAGCCUGUCGGAUGUCAUCGUCGACUUUGCAACAGACACAUACACUGGCCAUGAUCUAUAUGCACCUAGAAAUACUCUCGACCAAGGGACCGAGAGACCAAUGUUGAAGCGCAAGAAUACCGCAACUAGUCUGGGCCGCAAGAGACCGGAUAUGCGGAGCCUUGCACCCAUCCUCAAGCCGAUGCACCCGCCGGCUCCUGGAUUACCUACGCCAGCACAUCACUCGUAUGCUACGGGCCAUAAUACGGGCAUGAUGCUCCAGAGCCCGAGAUCUCUGCCCUCCAAUGGCGAGCAGCUAGGACAUCACCACGGCCAACAACUACACUCAAAUGCUCACGACGCGGUGGAAGACGCCGCAGCCAAGGCUGCUGCUGCCGCGGCGGCGGCAGCAGGGUUCUCAAUUACGCCUCCGCAACCUGCACAUCAGAUGUCAAAUAUGCCAGCCACACCCUUCUCUCCACAAUAUAAUUUCGCGACACUAUCUGGGAACACUCCGAGGCCAAGCGGGCACAGUGGAGACAUGAAUAUUGGGUUCGACCCAAUGUUCGGCACCAUCCCAACCAACGCCUUCUCCUCUCCGGCGGCGUGGCAUGGAGAUGAAGAGCGGAGACUGCCUCCUAUUGCGCCAAGUCCGGGAGCUGCCAGUCAUAGUGGAAGUGCCGGAACUGGUCCUGGCGAGGAGAAGGAUCCAUUCUUGGGCCUUCUGGAGCAACUAGCGGAGAGUGAGAAUGCUCAGGGGCAGGGGAUUGACUUGGAUUUCUUCCUUGCCGGAGCGCAAGGUUGA